AUGUACGGCAGAAGUAAUCGGUUAUGUGCUAAACUGUCCAGCGCUUUUCUUCGAAAGUGGUGGUUCGUGAUAGCAUUCGCGCUAAGCCUGCUGGUGCUUGGCGUUCUAGUCACAUUCGGAUUCACGGCCUUUAUCAGAACGAUCAUCGAUCACCAGGUGGCGCUGAGGGUGGGCGGACAAUCGUUCGGCUGGUGGUCCCGGCCGCCGGUCGAACCGAUCAUCCGCAUCUUCGUCUACAAUGUCACGAACGCGGACGAGUUCCUGAACAACGGCACCAAACCCAUACUGGAUGAACUUGGACCAUACGUUUACGUUCAAACAUGGGAAAAGGUCAACAUUAAAGAAAACCCGAACGGCACCAUCAGCUACAACCAGAAGCGGGUGUACAUCUUCAACGAGGACCUGUCCGGCGGGCUGGAGGAUGAUGUAGUCAUCGUACCGAACAUACCGAUGCUGAGCGCCACGUCGCAGAGUAAACAUGCCGCACGGUUUCUACGACUGGCGAUGGCGAGCAUUAUGGACAUCCUGAAGAUAAAACCGUUCGUCGAGGUGUCGGUCGGUCAGCUGCUGUGGGGCUACGAAGAUCCGCUGCUCAAGCUGGCGAAGGACGUGGUGCCGAAGGAGCAGAAGCUACCGUACGAAGAGUUCGGUCUGAUGUACGGCAAAAACAGCACCUCGCGGGACACUGUGACUGUUUGGACCGGUGUGGACGAUAUCAACCAGUACGGCAUCAUCGACAAGUAUAAUGGCCGUUCGCAUCAAACCCACUGGCUGUCGGAGCAGUGUAACCGGCUGAACGGUACGGACGGUUCGAUCUUCCCACCGCGCAUCACCAAAAAUUCCACACUCCACGUGUACGAGAAGGACCUGUGCCGGCUGUUGCCGCUCAGCUUCGAGAAGGAAGUGACCGUGCGGGGUGGCGUCAAGGGGUACCGGUUUACACCGUCCCCGGAUGUGUUUGCCUCGGUGGAGAAGAACCCGAACAACAUGUGCUACUGUCCGGCCGGUCCGCCGUGUGCACCGCACGGUCUGUUCAAUGUGUCUCUCUGCCAGUAUGACUCGCCGAUUUUGCUCAGUUUUCCGCAUUUCUACAUGGCUGACCAAACGCUACGGACGGCAGUGGAGGGCAUUUCGCCGCCCGAAAAAGACAAGCACCAGCUGUUCAUCGAUGUGCAACCCGACAUGGGCACGGCACUGAGGGCACGGGCCCGCAUCCAGAUCAACCUUGCCGUCAGCCAGGUGGUGGACAUCAAACAGGUCGCCAACUUCCCGGACAUCGUCUUCCCCAUCCUGUGGUUCGAGGAGGGCAUCGAUUCACUGCCGGACGAGAUACUGGACCUUAUGAAGGUGGCAACGAACAUACCGCCCCGGGCCAAGUUCAUACUGACGAUCGCACUGUUCGGGCUCGGCGGUUUCCUGUUCGUCGUCGCCGUGAUCUGUCUCGUGCGAAAGUCGCACCGCCAGAGUACGCUGCACCUGGAGGGUUCGAACUACCUAGCCACCGCGUCUGUCGAUCAGGCGAAAAAGAAGGCCAAGCUGGACAAUGGGAUGAACAGCAAGAGCAACUAG